GGACUAGCGUGCGGCCGCCGCGCGGCCAACUCGUGUGGGACCCGCCACUCCGGCCGGCCCUCACGUCCGAGCGCCGGUCCUUCCCCGGGCCGCCGAGCCCGCUCGCGCGCCGCCUGUGCCCUUGUGAGGCUGGCAUGCAGGAUGGCAGGACAGCCCAGCCCCAUGCCCCACGGAGGGAACCCAAACAACCUCUGCCACAACCCAGGGCCUGCACAUCCUCCCGACCCACAGAGGCAUCCGACUGCCCUGUCUUUUCGCUGUUCCCUGGCGGACUUCCAGAUCGAGAAGAAGAUAGGCCGUGGGCAGUUCAGCGAGGUGUACAAGGCCACCUGCCUGUUGGACAGGAAGACGGUGGCUCUGAAGAAGGUGCAGAUAUUUGAGAUGAUGGACGCCAAGGCGAGGCAGGACUGCGUCAAGGAGAUUGGUCUCUUAAAGCAACUGAACCAUCCCAACAUCAUCAAGUAUCUGGACUCAUUUAUUGAGGACAACGAGCUGAACAUUGUGUUGGAGCUGGCCGACGCGGGUGACCUCUCGCAGAUGAUCAAGUACUUUAAGAAGCAGAAGCGGCUCAUCCCCGAGAGGACGGUGUGGAAGUACUUUGUGCAGCUGUGCAGCGCCGUGGAGCACAUGCAUUCACGCCGGGUCAUGCACCGAGACAUCAAGCCGGCCAACGUGUUCAUCACAGCCACGGGUGUGGUGAAGCUCGGUGACCUCGGCCUGGGCCGCUUCUUCAGCUCUGAGACCACCGCUGCCCACUCCCUAGUUGGGACACCUUACUACAUGUCACCGGAGAGGAUCCAUGAGAAUGGCUACAACUUCAAGUCCGACAUCUGGUCUCUGGGCUGUUUGCUGUACGAGAUGGCCGCUCUCCAGAGCCCCUUCUAUGGAGAUAAAAUGAACCUUUUCUCCCUCUGCCAGAAGAUCGAGCAGUGUGACUACCCGCCUCUUCCUGGGGAACAUUACUCUGAGAAGUUACGAGAACUGGUCAGCAUGUGCAUCUACCCGGACCCCAACCAAAGACCUGACAUCGGGUAUGUGCACCAGGUUGCCAAACAGAUGCACGUCUGGACUUCAAGCACCUGA